AGCGAGUCGCGAGCAAAGGCGCGCGGAUCUGCAGUGUCUCGACGAGAUUCCCCCGGGAAGCGUCGCGGCCCCGGCGGCAGCCGCCCCAGCGCAGGUGAACCCUGCACUCCGGACCCGCCAACCGCCGCCCCUCCCCCCGGGGUCCCGAGCUAGCGGAUGGGAGGCACCGCUCGCGGGCCCGGGCGGAAGGAUGCGGGGCCGCCUGGAGCCGGACUCCCGCCCCAGCAGCGGAGACUGGGGGAUGGUGUCUAUGAUACCUUCAUGAUGAUAGAUGAAACCAAAUGCCCACCCUGUUCAAAUGUACUCUGCAAUCCUUCUGAACCGCCUCUACCCAGAAGACUAAAUAUCACUGCUGAGCAGUUAACAAGAGAUCACACUCAGCGCUUUCUGAAUGGAGGUGAGAUGAAGGUAGAACAGCUGUUUCAAGAAUUUGGCAACAGAAGAUCCAGUACUCUUCAGUCAGAUGGCAUCAACGACUCUGAAAAAUGCUCUCCUACCGCCUCUCAGGGUAAAAGUUCAGAUAGCUCGAAUGCGGUAAAACCCAGCAGUUCAGCCAAAGCAUCCAAAGUGGUACCACUGACUCCAGAGCAAGCGCUGAAGCAAUAUAAACACCACCUCACUGCUUAUGAGAAGCUGGAAAUCAUUAAUUAUCCGGAAAUUUACUUCGUGGGCCCAAAUGCCAAAAAAAGACAUGGAGUGAUCGGGGGUCCCAAUAAUGGCGGGUAUGAUGAUGCAGAUGGGGCCUAUAUUCACGUGCCUCGCGACCAUCUAGCUUAUCGAUAUGAGGUGCUGAAAAUUAUUGGCAAGGGAAGUUUUGGGCAGGUAGCCCGGGUCUACGAUCACAAACUUCGACAGUAUGUGGCCCUAAAGAUGGUGCGCAAUGAAAAGCGCUUCCAUCGUCAAGCUGCUGAGGAGAUCCGGAUUUUGGAGCAUCUUAAAAAGCAGGACAAAACUGGUAGCAUGAAUGUCAUCCACAUGCUGGAAAGUUUCACGUUCCGGAACCAUGUUUGCAUGGCCUUCGAAUUGCUGAGCAUAGACCUUUAUGAGCUAAUUAAAAAAAACAAGUUUCAGGGUUUUAGCGUCCAGUUAGUUCGCAAGUUUGCUCAAUCCAUCUUGCAAUCUUUGGAUGCUCUCCACAAAAAUAAGAUCAUUCACUGUGACCUGAAGCCAGAAAACAUUCUCCUGAAACACCAUGGACGCAGUGCGACCAAGGUCAUUGACUUUGGGUCCAGCUGUUUCGAAUACCAGAAGCUUUACACAUAUAUCCAGUCUCGGUUCUACAGAGCUCCAGAGAUCAUCUUAGGAAGCCGCUACAGCACACCUAUAGACAUAUGGAGUUUUGGCUGCAUACUUGCAGAACUUUUAACAGGACAGCCUCUCUUCCCCGGAGAGGAUGAAGGAGACCAGUUGGCCUGCAUGAUGGAGCUGCUAGGGAUGCCACCACCGAAACUUCUGGAGCAAUCCAAACGUGCCAAGUACUUCAUUAACUCCAAGGGCCUACCUCGCUACUGUUCUGUGACUACUCAGGCAGAUGGGAGGGUUGUGCUUGUGGGGGGUCGCUCACGUAGGGGUAAAAAGCGGGGUCCCCCAGGCAGCAAAGACUGGGUGACAGCAUUGAAGGGAUGUGAGGACUACUUGUUUAUAGAGUUUUUGAAAAGGUGUCUUCACUGGGACCCCUCUGCCCGUUUGACCCCAGCUCAAGCACUAAGACAUCCGUGGAUUAGUAAGUCUGUGCCCAGGCCUGUCACCAUUGAGAAGGUGUCAGGCAAACGGGUGGUAAAUCCUGCAAACACUUUCCAGGGAUUGGGUUCCAAGCUGCCUCCAGUUGUCGGGAUAGCCAAUAAGCUUAAAGCUAACUUAUUGUCGGAAACCAGUGGGGGUAUACCUCUGUGCAGUGUACUGCCAAAACUCAUUAGCUAAUGAGUUUUGGCAGCACUGUCGUGCUGUGCCCAGAGACGUAUAUGUUUGUAUUUUUAAUUAUCUUGCAAACCUGAACAUGGGGGAAAAAUACAAGCCCAUUGGUGGAUAUGUUUUUGUUAGACUAGAUUUCUUUUUUUAACAAGGCAAAACAUUUUUAUAUGACUGUAACAGAACUCUUUAAGGGCUAAUUACCUAACCAGCCUGUGUUGGCCAUCCUGGAAUGUACAUUAAAUGACUUUUUGUAGGUCAGCGCAUCUUUGUUACUGUCAUCAGAUGUACACACCUUAUGUAUGCUGCUCCUGGUUUAAGUCCCUUUCUCUCAAGAUACAAGGUGCCCCGAGAAGUGUAUCCUGACCACUCGUCACUUCUCAUCUCCCUCAGCCUCUGUUCCAGAGGGGUAGUUUGGGACACGGCCAUGGUUCUGGAUGAGAGCGGAAGCUAGCCCUCUUGCCCCAGCAGGCCAUUCUCACCUCAUCCCAGGUGAAAGGGCUCAGCAGAAUAUGGGGCAGGGGAAGGUUCUGGAAGCUCUUAGUCACUUGAAGAAGUGGUGUCACUGCUUCCCAAUGACUCAUUUCUCUUUCUCUCAAUCCUGUGAUGUGUGCUGUUUUAACUUUAUAUUGUUGUGGUUAUUUUUAUGAUUUUUCUGCUUCUGAUUUGUUUCCUGGGAAAAACAUUUUGUGGAUGUCCUACCACUUUAGCAAGCGCUGGUUUUAAAACUAAGUCCUAUGUAUCACUUUACCACCCCACUGCACCCGUGUCUCCCAGGGACAUAAAGCAGCUUUGCCCCAGAUGAAUGUUAAAGGUAGAAGCAGCAAGCAAACUGCAGUUCCCGAGUUUCUCAGAACCCUGGAGACCAGCCUCCUUGCUGUAUUUCCAUGGACUUCUUCCUUAUAAAAGUGAUCACUCUCAGAGAAACCUAAGUGCAGCCCACCUCCCUCCCUCCUCUCUCCCCAGCCCUCUGCCACCUCAGCAUGCCACAAUCUCCCCAUUGUCAAUUUAAGCCAAAGACUAUUCUCCAGAUUCUGGGUGAACUUCAGUUAUAAGAAAAUCCACACACCGGUGGUAAUCCAUUUCUCUUUCCUUCACUUCAACAUCCUUUCUUUUUCUCUGCUAAGAUUCAGUGAGGGCUGCAGUAAAGCUAACUGCCAGCCAAAUGUCUUCCUUGGAAGGGCGGAGAAGGUACAGUAACUAAAUAACCCAACGCUACUGUUUUCUUCCCCUCUACUUUCACGCUCCAAGAGUAUGCCCGAACUCUGUCCUCAGAGUGGAUUCUCGGAGGUAGACCAUUGCUUUCUUCAACACCAUUCUCAGGAUGAUCCAGUUCCAUUUUUACUGUAGAAUUUAAUCUGCAAACUCCGUAAGGUUGGAAGAUCCUAAGACCGCUGGGCAACACCAUAACCAAAGGAAGAGAAAUGCCAGGGGCAUGUCACUGAAGGAACCCCUGCCUUACCCAGAAGCACUCUUAUUGCCACGGCACAGGCUGUGAAAGCUGAGAGCAAACCGCGUGGCCUUGGUCCCGGGCACAAGGGUUCAGACUGAGGCCUCGGCCUCUUGAAAAGGGCAUGUCCUGGUGCUUCUGGUGACUGAACAACUGCACUAUUUGAGACUUGAAUCGCUUCCUUCGCUCCAGGUUUACAGAAGGCAAUGGAAUACACACCUCCUCUAGGCCCCUCCAACUCCUGCUAAGCUCUCUACCUAACAGAGAAGUGGCAGAAGAAGCCCCCACGUUAUCUUGGCAGAGCAUGUGUUGAGGUUGUUUUGCCCGUUGUUAUCAGUGUGGAAGACCUGCUCUUUAAAGCAAACAGUGUUAAAAAGACUGCUGCCCCAAACACAUCUCCUGUGCCCAGGAUCUGGAUGUUUGUGUUUGUUGUGAGCGAACUCCUUGGUCAGCCCACGCCAUCUGUGACGGGAGAAAAGGGAACCUGUGGCUGAGGUUGACACGUGGUCUGUUCCUGGGCAUUGAGCAGACUUAGGUUACUGAAACCAGGCCAAGUGACAGGCUAUAGACAACCCGUGACACCACAGACAAAUUCUAGAAAGCUCUGGGAAGGUGGAUGGAUGUGUUUCUGCCUAAGUUUGGCAACCUAGAGAGUGACAUAGAGCAGAGUCAUCCAGGCUGGCUGGGACUCCUGGCUUCAGCAGCCGAGUCAGGUUUGGGGAGAGUGGGCUGGUUAAAACGUGCUGGCUGUGCCAGAUGGAUUUGGGGAGGUUUAGGAGUUGGUUUCACAUUUAGGGGCAAGUUGUCAUUUUUAGAGGCUGUUACCCAGUGCCCCCUUUUAUCAGCCACUGUUAAAUUGUCACUUGGAUCACUGCCCGUAGCAGAGAGUGACUGAAUUGGAUCAGAGUUAGUGCAGAGAUUCAGGCUGUCUUACUGACAGUUACUGAAUUGUUCUUUAGCCAUGUUUGUUCUGGUCAUUUCAAUUAAACAGGUCAAGUUGGUUGACUUCUACUGAUUUUUGAAUUGACAGAAUCAACUAAGUUUCCAAAUUGCUAUUAGCACUGUGAAAAGAGUUGGGUAGGAAUUUUUGUUUAAUUUUAUCCCUACAGUCAUUUUUUUCUUUCAACGUGACUUUGAGAUCUAAUCCAGCUAAUACCUGCUCCUCGUAUCAUACUCUGUCCUACCUUCUGUCCUCACAGUGAUUGAUCUGUUCAUUCAUCACAUGCUAUCAUGAUUUCUCCUUUAUUGGAAUGUAAGCUUCAAAUGGGCAGGCCCAUGUCUUCGUGAUGCUCUAAAUGAACCAGGUGUAAUGCUAUUGAUCAUGUGCAGGUGAUGGAGGUUCAUUUCCCUCCAUGUACCAGGAAUGUGCUCACCUUUUGUCUUCUUUUAAAUUGACCCACACAAUCUCCAGUCUGUAAUCUCUCCUUUUUGAGAAAGGGUAAUCGAAAAGGAUUAUGUGAGGACACCUCCUUCUGGUCCAGCACUUGACGUCUUGAUAAUAGUGAAAAAUGCAGCCAUAAAAUAACCUUAUCUAUGACUUAAAGAUUCUGUUUCUGUCCCUUGGAGACUCUGAAAGAGGAGAGGGUGUGUACCUGGCUCUUCCCCAGAAGACUGGUUUAUGACUAUAGUAGCAUGCUUUAGUCCUCGGUGGGGUUUUUUGUUGGCUUUGGUUUUUGCUUUUUUGGUAUUUUUUUUAGAGAGGGAGAGAGACAGGGGUGGGGAGAGGGACAGAAGGAAUCUUAAGCAGACUCUAUGCCCAGCUUAGCGCCUCAAUCUCACAACCCUGAGAUCAUGACCUGAGCUGAAAUCAAGAGUCUGAUGCUUAACCAACUGAGCCACCCAGGUGUUCCUAGUCCUAGGUGUUUUAAGAGGGUUGGGGACAGACGGGUUAGCUGGCUAAUGUCAUUAUACUCCUAAUUUUUUUGACCUUUAAUCUGUUAAAGAGUGAGGUUUAUUGCAUGAUCAAAAAACAACAGAACAAGAGAUUAAAUAAAAAGUUCCACUGUGAAACAGUUUGGAUCUAUAGCAGCUGGUCAUGUUGAAAAACUUUCUGUUUUGCCUAAUUCCUAAGUAGGCAUAAUUAAAGGUAAAUGCUAAAUUUUAGGUAGGAGCUGAUAAAUGCUUCUGAGCUUUCCUAACAGAAUACUCCUGCCUUAGGGAACCAUGGAAAACUUGUAGUUGUUUCUCAUGCAUCUGUUGUUUGAUGUCCUCAGCAUGGAAGAUGGAAAAGUGGCAACGAUCAUCCGGACUGCCUCUGUACACUCUUCUCUCCUUUGAGAAUUAGGGAUAAGUACUUAACCUUUGAACCAGGUGACAGAGUAUGUUUUCCUCCAGGACUUCGGUCAUGUUGGAGAUGACUGGUCUGUAGAGCGGCUGAAACUUAAUAUACGCAUAGCAACUGCAGCUAUCCAUGAUAUGAACGACCUGGAGUCUUCCAAAUAAGGAGACAGCUGAGACAAGACAAGGGAUUGGCACGUCAAGGAAGAGUUGUCCUCUGCCAGGAUCAGCCUCCCAGUUUUAAAUAAUAUUCCUAAUAUCCUCAGUUCAACAUGUCCCACUAUCAUCUUCAACCUGUAUUUCCUAAAUCCCAGGAAUUUAAAAGAAUUUACUUCCAAACCUGGCCUUCAACCAUAAUGUGAUUAGCAGUAAUCCUUUCCAAGUGUCUGUUAAAGUAUGCCCGCUAAUUUCAGUGAGGCAAGUUUUUAAGAGUCACAAUGAACCCAUCCUUGUAAGGACUAAAAGCUCCGGUCCCUGAGAUCCAUAACCCCUGAGAUAAGCCAGAGCUACAAAUACAUCGUCUAGACUUUGAAGGAGAGAAUAUGAUUCUUAAUAUAGCUCACCAACUGCUAAGUCGUGCCUAGACUGUCAUACUUUUUCUAUAACAGGAGAAGCCUGCCUGCCUGUUGCCUAGAAAGAGUCUCACCUCCUCUGCCACCACACAAAUAAGCUAAAAAAGAAAGAACGGCCCCAAAUCAGGCCAGAUGGUGACCCAUGACUAUUUCAGCUCAGGUUGUCAGCCUCUAAAGCAUCAGAUUUGAAUCAUUUUGGUAUCAUGGGAUUCUAUCAUUGUUCAUUUGAAUCUGCUGACACGCUUCCUCUGGAAAGUAUAGUUUGGCAUGGAUGAGUCAAUGGAUUUUGUUUUGUUUUAUUUUGGUUUUGGAGUGGGGGUGUGUUUGUUUUUUAAAAAAUAAAGAUGAAAUGC